UCCUGUUUAACGUCCUCUUGUGGGUACGGGGGAGGGAGGAGAAGCCGGGCGCCGUGGCCGCCUUGUGCAGACGGCGUGUCAGCUGGAGCCCGUGGGUGCUGUACGGUCGCGUCGCCCUGCCCGCCUCGAGCUGUGUGAAGAAAUUUCUCAGCCAUGGAUGUGUUCAUGAAAGGACUUUCCAAGGCAAAGGAGGGAGUCGUAGCAGCAGCAGAAAAAACCAAGCAGGGUGUGGCAGAGGCAGCAGGAAAGACGAAAGAGGGUGUCCUCUAUGUGGGUUCCAGGACCAAGGAAGGAGUUGUUCAUGGUGUCACAACAGUGGCUGAGAAAACCAAAGAGCAAGUGUCUAAUGUUGGAGGAGCUGUGGUGACAGGAGUGACAGCAGUGGCCCAGAAGACAGUGGAAGGAGCAGGGAACAUUGCUGCAGCCACUGGCUUGGUGAAGAAGGAUCAGUUGGCCAAACAGAAUGAAGAAGGUUUCCUGCAGGAGGGAAUGGUGAAUAAUACAGAUGUUCCUGUGGAUCCUGAGAAUGAGGCUUAUGAAAUGCCUCCAGAGGAAGAGUAUCAAGACUAUGAACCUGAAGCAUGAAAGUCCUUUCCUUCCUUUAUAUCUCCUGAAAUCUACUAACUACUAAAGACGUCCCAUCCUGUACAAGUGCUGAGUUCCAAUGUGCCCAGUCGUAAAAUUUUUUUACAGUUUUUACGGUGUAUUUUGAAGUCUUCCAUCAGCAAUGAUUGGAGUAUCUGUGACUGCAUCCACCUUGUUUCAGCAUUUCCCACCUGCUGAAAUGAAAGCUGGUUGGCAGGGUCAUUGUUGUGCUGUGGAUAUUGUGGCUUCAAGUUUAAAAGUUAAAAAAGAAAAUAUUGAAUAAAAACACCUAAGUGUCUACUGCUUAUUUCUAACUCUGUACAUGUUUUGUUGAUAGGCUAUCAGUAAUUUGAUAUUGUUUAUGAUACGAUUUUUAUUUGUUUCCUAUGACUAUUAUUUCUGUGCAGAGACGACUUAUUGUGAGAGCUUUAUAUAUAUGUGUAUGUAUUAUACUUCUAAAAAAAAAGUAAUUGAGCAUGAACUAUGCACCUAUAAAUAUUAGCUGUUGAAAUUUUAUUGUUUUGUGAUGUGUUUUAUUAACUCGUGUCUGUAAAUAAUGGUGUUCAACUGAAGCAAAUAAAAUGUAACCCAUUAAAAAUGAA